AUUGUAAUAUUACUCACGUGUUGCAGAUUGGCCAAUAGAAACUGCAGGAGAGGGUCCAGGAAUCAUUUUCACCCUUUACUGGUCAGGCUUAAAAUCUAAGCAGGUACGGAGGAGCUUAUGUAUCUGCGAGUAUGUGAAGUGACACGGGUGUAACCACCGCAAGAGAAAAGGCGUCAUUCCCGUCCAAAAGAACUGGCAUCAUGGUCGUCAAUUCUUUGCAUUGGUUCCGGAAAGGGCUGAGGCUUCACGAUAAUCCGGCUUUACAGGAAGCUUUGAACGGAGCAGAUACUGUGCGGUGUGUUUAUAUACUGGAUCCUUGGUUUGCGGGUUCUGCUAACGUGGGUAUCAACAGAUGCAGGUUUUUACUUGAAUCUCUGGAGGACUUAGAUACAAGCCUGCGAAAGUUGAAUUCAAGGCUCUUUGUGGUUCGUGGGCAACCUGCAGAUGUAUUUCCACGUUUGUUCAAGGAGUGGAAUGUCACCCGUCUGACCUUUGAAUAUGACUCUGAACCGUAUGGAAAAGAGCGGGAUGCUACAAUUAUUAAAAUGGCAAAAGAGUUCGGAAUAGAGACUGUUGUGCGGAACUCACACACACUGUAUAACCUGGACAGAAUUAUUGAACUGAACAACAACAGCCCUCCCCUCACCUUCAAACGGUUCCAGGCGAUCGUUAACCGUCUGGAGCCGCCCAAAAAGCCCCUGGCGACAGUAACUCGGCAGCAGAUGGACAGCUGUUGGACAGAUGUGUUGGUCAACCAUGACGAGCAGUUUGGGGUUCCCUCCCUGGAGGAGUUAGGGUUUAAUACAGAGGGACUGAGCCCUGCAGUGUGGAAGGGUGGUGAGAUGGAAGCCCUGGAUAGGCUUAAAAAGCAUUUGGACAGAAAGGCUUGGGUGGCAAAUUUUGAAAGGCCCCAGAUCAAUGUUUGUUCCCUCAUCGCCAGUCCUACUGGUUUGAGUCCUUACCUGCGGUUUGGCUGCUUGUCAUCUCGGCUGUUCUAUUACGAACUACGAGACCUCUAUUUCAAGGUACGCAAGCACACCAGCCCACCACUCUCGCUCUAUGGCCAGCUGCUUUGGAGGGAAUUCUUCUAUACGGCAGCUACGAACAACCAAAACUUUGACCGGAUGGAGGGAAACCCCAUCUGCGUGCAGAUACCGUGGGACCAUAACCCCGAGUCCCUGGCUAAGUGGGCCGAGGGCAGCACGGGCUUCCCCUGGAUCGACGCCAUCAUGACGCAGCUGCGGCAGGAGGGCUGGAUUCACCCGCUGGCUCGGCAUGCUGUCGCCUGCUUCCUCACACGGGGAGACCUGUGGCUCAGCUGGGAGAGCGGAAUGAGAGUAUUCGAGGAGCUGCUUCUGGAUGCGGACUGGAGUGUGAAUGCGGGGAGCUGGAUGUGGCUGUCCUGCAGUGGCUUCUUCCAGCAGUUUUUCCACUGUUACUGCCCUGUAGGCUUUGGAAGAAGAACAGAUCCCAAUGGAGAGUACAUCAGGAGGUACAUACCAAAGCUGAAGAACUAUCCGAAUAGGUACAUCUAUGAGCCCUGGAAUGCCCCAGAGACGGUGCAGAAAGCAGCUAACUGCGUGGUGGGCAAGGACUACCCCAAGCCUAUGAUAAACCACGCUGAGAGCAGCCGCCUCAACAUAGAACGGAUGAAGCAGGUCUAUCAGCAGCUGUCACACUACAAGGGACUCAGCUUACUGGCCACUGUUCCCACUAUUCAAGAGGAGGUAGAACCACCAGCGAUGGAGGGCUCGGGUGCCCACAGCAGCACUGACAUGUGCCCCACUCAGGCUAGCAGAAAGGCUUUGUUGAGGAAGAGGGAGAGACCAGCAAAGACGGAGAGAGCAGCUGCAUGCACACCACCCAAGGUGCAGCGCAUCAGCACGCCAGACGGGAGUGCAGAUGAUCAGCAGUAGCAAUGGCGCUGGCCGGACCUGGAGUGCAGCCUUCUGACGUGAGGCACGAAGGGUUUUCCUGAUGUUCUACCCUGUGCUGCCCUCCUGUGCUCCCUGAGGUGUGAAAAUGCUUCUUGACAGCAGCAGUCAGCAGAAAAGUAAUAUGCGAGAAUCUCACUACAAGGUUACAGAAGAUGCUCAUGCCUGCCAUUUCUGAACGUCUCCUGCAUUUACUAAAUUUUUGAGCAGUGCAGCGGUACUAAUUUGUGAGUUUUUCCUUUUUCUGUUAACCAUGUGGUUUUGGGUUGUCUUUUAACAUAGCAUGGCAUUCCAUUAAGCAAUAAAUCCAGAACACUCCGGUUUCCUAAAUCAAAAUUCAGUCUCUGCUGUUUGUACUGACUGUGCUGCCAUCACAUAAUAGUUUAGGCACAAGAAUUAUUCUCUGUAUAAUCUGUACUUAUGGCAUACUAGAAGUAUGAGAAAACACACAUUGAUCUGCAUUUUUUAAUGAAAAAUUUAAUUGUGUUAGUCAAGUCAAGUAGGUUUUAUAUUCAUUUCAACCAUACACACAAUAUACAGUGAAAUGAGAUAACGUUCCUCCAGGACCAUGGUGCAACACAGACCAGAACAAAACAGAGCGACAUCAUAAGUGCAGACAGGACACAAGUGCAAUAAAAACAAUUUGACAAGACAACAUACAGUGCAAAUUAACCAUGGUAAUAGUCUGGAUACAGUAUUUGAGGUACUAUAUGGUAGCAGCGAGGGUUAUUAUGUGUAAAAAUGCUGUGGUAGAAAGGCGAUGAAAGGCAAUAGAUGCAUAAACAUACAUGUGCGUUUAUCUUGUUUGCAUUUGAGAUUUGUGACUAAAAAACAAAUUUAGUAAUAUAGUAUUAUUUGAACAUGUGAAAAGUAAAGAGGUUUUUAACAAGAAGUCAUUUUUCAGCUCUGUACUGUAGGUGUCAUAUUGCUGUAGUCUGUGAGGGGCUGUAUAUUACAUCUGUGAUCCCAAAAACAAGAGCGGACCACUACAUCUUCAUGUGGGUUCCAUCUUGUUUAAGGGUGUUCAAAAGACAGAACGACAGCACAUAAGGCCAGCUGCCUCACAAAUAGUUCAGUGCAGCUCUUGGCAAAUCGACAACCUAAGCAUCCCAUCAGGUCUCCUGUCGACGUGGGAAGCUGCACGUGGAAAUACCAUCCUAUGAAUACCUGAUAAAGGAAAAAAUACUGGAGAUAUAUUUAACUUCCAAACCAAGCUUAAAAUUACUAUAUGUUUAGUAAACUGUACAAGAAUUCCUGCUUGGGCAUGUACACCAGUAUUAACUGAACCCUGUUCUUCUGGAUCCGGCACAACUGGGUUAAAUUUACAUCAUUUUAUUACAUUACAUUAUUUACAUUAUUUUAACAAGCAUAUUUGCCUAGAUGUUUGAGAACAUUUAUGGGGUGGUGGGGGUUGCACCAUGCUCUUAAUCAAUGAUCCUGUGUGUUUUGGGAUGCAGAAUGUGAAUCAUCCACAAGAGGCAGACAUGCUUCUUCUGCUGAAGUACUGCAUUGCAUUUUCACAAAAUAUAUUAACUUUAUUGAGGUGCUGCUAACUAUAAUGUGUGAAGGCUCUCUGUCCCUACAAAACUCAAAACACAGGCCUAGAAACGUCAUGAGCAGCAAUUAUGAACAGACAUCCCUAACAAGUAAUGCUUCAUGAAAUCUUUAAGAAUGCUAUAUCUGCAAAAUUAUAUUUCUAAAAAUAUGAUUUUUAAUCCAUGAGGGCUUUUAUGCUCUUGUGAAAUGUAUUGUACAUCUGUGUUUUACAUUAUUUGUAAAGUAUAAUUUUCUUUUUCUUAAAUUAAGCUUCUGUAACUAUCA